AUGCCGGCCCUGGGGCAUGACACCGCUGUGUCCCCGCAGCCGCAGUGCCAGGCCAGCCAGCCCGGCGCCCACCUCGCCUGGGUGCAGGAGCCCCGCGAGGCGGCCACCAUGAGGAAGGUGCUCUCCUACUACCAGCGCACCCAGCCUGUGUGGAUCGGUCUCCGCCUCGGGUACCAGGGCGAAGGCUGGCGCUGGGUGAACGGGACCGAGUACAGCGGGGCCAGCGGGAUCCCCAGGCGCAGUGCUGGCAGCGGCGCCUGCGCCGCACUGCCCAACGUGGGCGGCUUCACCCACUGGAUUAGCACCGACUGUUCCCAGCAACACUUCUUUCUCUGCAAGGUGGUCCCUGAGCUCUGA